AUGCUCUUCGUCGGCCUCCCCAUCGUUGGUGCACAAUUUCGAAUGGACGCACCGAAUCCACCUACGCAAUGUGUGCCGUCGGAAUUCACAUGGAGUGGAGGAAUAGCACCAUAUGUUCUUACAAUAGCUCCCGGGGAUUCGCUUCCCUCAACAUGGCAACAGUAUUCCGGGCUCACCCGCGACUCCUUCAUCUGGUCAACAAACGUCCCCGCAGGAACAAACGUGAACCUUGCGCUCAAAGAUUCGACUGGGGAAGUCCAGAAUGAAUCGUUCACAGUUCAAUCAGGCUCAGACGACUCUUGCCUAUCAUCGGCCGGCGUUACUACUCCAAAUGCUCCGUCGACGACUACGUCGCGCAGUUCCACCCACGCGGACGCUGCAUGCAAAUCGAACGGUGCUCGCGAUGGAUCCUGCUCAUCAUAUAUUUCAUAUAUUGAAGUUGCUCUGCUCAGCAAUGCGUCAACGGCAUGCAGCACAAGCAGCACCAGGGUCGCGAAAGGAAGCCCG